AUGUUCACCAAGGCGCAAGCCCUGGCCAUGACGCAGAUGAUGGCGGUGAUCUUCUCCAAGCUGCCAGCGCAAGAAGACUACUACGACUUCCGCGAACUCUCCGAGACAUACGACUUCAUCAUCGUGGGUGGCGGGUCGGCGGGUGCCCUCUUGGCCAACCGUCUGUCGGCCAAGCCCUCCCUUCGCGUGCUCCUGCUCGAAGCCGGAGGAGUGGAAGACACCCUGAGCGCCGUGCCACUGAUGGCAACACUUCAGCUUCAGGGACCCAAGGACUGGGCCUACUGGACGGAGCCCCAAAGAAACGCAUGCCUCGCGCUCACCGACCAGCGCAGUCCGUGGCCGCGUGGCAAGGUGCUGGGCGGCUGCUCGGCCCUGAACUUCAUGCUGUACGUGCGCGGCCACCCCGAGGACUACGACCGCUGGAGCCGGGUGCACGGCGCCACCGGAUGGGACUGGGAGAGUGUGCUGCCCUUCUUCAAACGCUUCGAGGACCAGACCGACAUUCGCCUGGCUUCGUCCGGUACCGUCCUUUCACCGCACAUCAUGACUGCGAGCCAUUUAGAGGGUGUAGCGACCUGUAUUUUUAAAACUUGUCUAAUGUACCUCGCGUUGAAAAUUGCUGCAGGCAUGUACGGCUUGGGAGGCGAGCUGACCGUGUCCAUGCCCGCGUCAAACACACCGCUCGCCAGGACAUUCUUGGACGCUGGCAAGGAACUGGGCUACGACAUCGUUGACUACAACGCCGGACGCGGCCACAUGAUAGGGUUCUCGACCUUCCAGACUACCAUGCGCAACGGUUCCCGCUGGAGCACAGCCAGCGCCUUCCUCAGGCCCGUGUCCGGUCCCGCGGGAAGAAAGAACUUGCACAUCUCCCUGCACUCGACGGCCAACAGGGUGCUCUUCGAAGGCAUGCGCGCCAUAGGCGUCGAGUUCGUGAAAAAUGGACGCAUCCGCACCGCAUUUGCCACCCGUGAGGUCAUCUUGUCGGCUGGGGUCAUCGAGUCGCCGCACCUGCUCCUGCUCUCAGGCAUCGGACCCAAGGAGCAGCUACAAGAAUUCGGGAUUCCGGUGAUCGCCGACCUGCCAGGCGUCGGAGAGAACCUGGCCGAGCACUUGUACCCCGGUGGCCUGAGCGCUAGCAUCGAACGCAAGAUGGACAUCGACGUGACGCCGUUCGCCGGACCACUGCUCUUCUACUCGCGCAACAAAGGUCCCUGGACCAUCCCCGGCGGGGUGGAGACAGUGGCGUUCGUGCAAACCGAGCCAGCCAACGGCACGGCCGCUGAUGUGCCCGACAUCGAAAUCCUGCUCUUCUCCAUGUCGCCGGCCUCCAGCGAAGGCGAGAGGUUCAUGCUCGACAUCGGACUCGACCCAAAGGCGUACGACGACUACUACAAGCCUCUGCGCGGUAGCCACGGCUACAACCUGGUGCCCGUCCUGCUGCACCCGAAGUCUCGCGGCGUGCUGCGACUCAAGAGUGCCGAUCCCCGGAUUCCCCCGGCCAUUGACCCCCGAUACCUGUCACAUCCGGAUGACAUCCGUGUCAUUGUCAAAGGCAUGAAGGCCUCGGCACGCAUCGCCGAGACGAAGGCCUUCAAGCAGCUCGGCUCGCGACUCUGGCCUCGCCACUUCCCGGGCUGCGAGCGGCACCUGCUGUGGAGCGACGAGUACCUGGAGUGCCUGGCGAGGCACUACACCACCGCCCUGUGGCACCCGUCGGGCACCUGCAAGAUGGGCAACGCCAGCGACGCCGUCGUCGACCCGCAGCUCAGGGUGCUGGGCGGCGUGCAAGGCCUACGAGUGGUGGAUGCAUCGGUGAUGCCCGAGCCGCUGUCGGCGCACUUGAACGGCCCCACCAUGAUGAUAGCGGAGAAGGCGGCCCACAUGAUCCUCCAGGACCUGGAGGGCGAGGACAACCAGCCCCUGGUGCCAGAUGCCACGGCCGUCGUUUGAAACCUCCAUGGAUGCGCAUGCCCGUGCUGCGACCGAAGAACAUUGCAUCACAAUGAUCUUUCUGACAGCCUUCUCGACGCGGUUGUGCGUUACGUGAACUUAUUCCGAGGGUACAUAGAGCAUCAUCACAUAUAUUGUCAAAACGAAGCGCCUGAAUUUAGUGCACAUUACCACUAGUGUUGCCGUGCACUAACUGAGGCGACGGUGCGUGAAGCUAUUGAAGGUCGGCGUUGAUCCUACGGGCUACACAGAGCCAACUGAUUCCUGGUCAUGCA